AUGGCGCCCUCGGCUCAAAAGGCUCGUAGCACGCAAGCCUUGGACGAUCUCAUUAUGGCUCAGUUCGAUAGUCUCAAAACGGAGCGUGAGAGUGCUCAUCGUGCCAAGGAACGUCUCUACUACCCCGACGAGCCGCACUACUUCCGUUUCUUCGUCAAGAAGUUCCAGCGGAGGGCUCCUCUCAUCAACAGGGGUUACCACCUGCGCCUCAAAGUCAUCGAUACUCUUGUGCGCCGCUUUCUUCAGAAGCCCUCUCACCGUAAGAAGGUCGUCGUCAACCUGGGCUGCGGAAGUGAUGUCCUGCCCUGGCAAUGUGAGGUCCGAUACCCCGAAUUAUGCCGCGACGUCACGUUUGUCGACGUCGACUAUCCGGAUCUCAUCCAGAAAAAGCGCCAGAUCGUCCUCGAGACCCCUGAGUUGCAGGAUCUUCUGGGGACCUGGGAGGUCAGCCAGGACUCCCCCGUAGUCCUCAAGAGUCAGAAAUACUGCCAGGUAGGCUGUGAUCUUCGGCAACUGGCAACUCUGCAAACAUGCCUGAAUACCUUGUUCGACAUGCCCAACACGGAGUUCCUCUUCGUCGCCGAAGUGUCCAUCACCUACAUGGACACUGAAGGUGCCGACGGAGUCAUCGGCUGGGCAAGCGGCUUGGGACAUGCCGAAUUUUGUCUGCUGGAGCAAAUCCUGCCGGACGGGCCCGAGCAUCCAUUCGCGCAUACGAUGCUCAAGCACUUCAACAAGUUGAACACCCACCUGAAAUCGGUCCACCGCUAUCCUACCGUGGCUAGUCAGAAGAAGCGUUUCGAGUCUCUUGGUUGGCCGUCGACCGAGAGCUGGACACUCUGGGAAACUUGGUCGGAUGACCUGUUCAUGACUGCCGCUGAGAGAAGGGCCCUCGACGCCGUCGAGGCUUUCGACGAGUGGGAGGAAUUCGCCCUCUUCGCCAGCCAUUAUUUUGUCAUGCUUGCCUCGAGCCCGCACCCCGAAGUCGACGGGCACGCCUCUGGGUCUCUGGCAGGACUCGACGUCCAAUCGUACCGGACUCCCAUGACCACAAGCGUAUACGAGACCAGCCGGGGGCACCGGCGGUUCGGCGCUGCCAUGCUCGUCGAGAACCCAGACGGCCAGGCCCUCAUUUCGCACACCUUCGGACAAGGCCCGAAUGGUCGACCCGGCUCCGAAGACUUGUAUCGGGUUUCUGGCCAGCCGGUCGCGUCUAGCUCGUCCAGAAAGGGGCCAUCGGGCCGGGUCUGUCACACCCUCACAGACCUGGGCAGUGCUGGCGCUCUCUUGGCGGGUGGUCGCGCAUCGCCAUCGACCGCAUUCAAGGACUGCUGGCUUUUCAAAAAGGUUUUCAAUACCUGGGAGCGAGUACAGGACCUCCCGUCUCCCCUUUUCAGACACUCCGUAACUCGGCUGGGCUCGUCAUCUCUCGCCCUUCUUGCCGGUGGCAAGACCAACCACUUCCAGUCAUCGGCCGAGUAUCUCCUCUUCGAUCCCACAAAGGGCUGGACCAGAUGCACAACACAAUCUGCGCCCCCUUCGCUGUAUGGCGCCACCUUUGUCUGCACGGGCAGUAGCGGGCCUCGCACUUUCGAGGGCUUUCUUACCGGAGGCAAUCUUGAGGAUGGCAUAAUCAAUCAGAGUACCUACACGUGGAAGCUGGAUCUGUCCGAUUCCGAGGUGAGACCGUCGCAAGUACCGGGUGGUUUCAUGCGCGCAUCUGCUCACAAUUCUAAACAGCACUCGCUGUCGUUCGUACAGCAGGCGUCCCAGGCUGGACGGGAGCCUAGCGUUUUUUCGCGGUUUGGAUCCAUCGCCGUCCAGGCCAGCGGGUACACUCUUCUCUUCGGCGGAGUGGCCAAAGACGUACAGCUGCCGUCGGCAUACGGCAUUCUUGUUCUCAGGAUGGCGGAAGGCCGUGUGGAUGUGGUUGCCAGGCUCGACGGCGCAGACGGCUCAGACGCAGUACGCCCCUUCAUUAUUGGGUCCUCCGUCGUGCCCUACGGAGACGGUAACUUUGCCCUUGUCGGCGGUGGCGCGACGUGCUUCUCGAUGGGAACAUACUGGACGGCAGGAAGCUACAGCUUUCGCUUCGAUGCCGGCCAGCUCUCGGCCCGGGGCGGAACAGUACCUCCGCCACCACCGCCUGAGCCAGUAACGUAUCUGGAGACGGUCGAGAUCACGGCGGGCGACAAGGAGAAUGCCGCCGAGUCGUUGGCCCCAGUCGAGAUGCAGGCCAUCCCUCGCGUCAAGGUUGAAACUGCGGAGCAGUUCCAGAGGAUACUCGAAGCAGGCAAGCCCGUCAUUAUCGAGGGGUCGGACAUCGGCCCUUGCAAGUCUGCUUGGUCGGCCGAAUACCUAACCAACAGCGUUGGCCCCGAUCGCAAGGUCUCUGUGCACGAGUCCACUACCGAGAAGAUGGACUUCAACGCCAAGAACUUCCGCUACGUGACCACAGACUUUGGAGACUUCGUCAAGGAGGUUCAGGACGGAAAGCGUCUGUACCUGAGGGCGCUUUCAAAGGACGAGCCGUCGAGCCUCCCCACCCAGCUCGCCGACGACUACCCGUCGUUGGCCAAGGAUUUUGCCUUGCCACCUCAGCUCGGUUUUGUGGACAGGAACGCAUUCAGCUCUGUGCUGCGCAUCUCCGGCCCGGUGAAUAUGUGGCUACACUACGACGUGAGUUGGAUCCAAUUCUGGCCCGUGAUGCACAUGGAAACGGCACCCUGUAUUUCUAACUCGCCCUCGUACCUAGGUCAUGGCGAAUGUCUACGUCCAAGUCGGCGGCUCCAAGCGCCUCAUCCUGUUCCCCCUUCAGAUGUAUCCCACUUCUCCUUCGCCCCAGGCGCUUCCAGUUCCAGCGUCGAUGUCUUCUCGUCGCUCGACGCGGACUCUCUGAGAGGCGUCCACCCGCACGAGGCCGCCGUCCAGCCCGGUGACAUUCUUUUCCUCCCGCCCCUCUGGCUCCACACCGCCACCCCUACGUCCGACUUGAGUGUCGCCGUCAACAUCUUCUUCCGCACCCUGGAAAAGGGAUACUCGGCAGGGAGGGACGUCUACGGGAACCGCGAUCUGGCCGCUUACGAAAAGGGGCGCCAGGACAUCGCCCGUAUCGGAAGCAGCUUCAGCAAGCUGCCCCCGGACGCGAGGGGGUUCUACAUCCGGCGCCUGGCGGAUGAGCUGCUGCAGUCCACAACGAGUCUAUAG